AUGACGUCAUUCAUUCAGCGAUUCCUACGACCAUUUUCCUCCUCUACGCUCUACUUUGCGCCCGAGGGGCCUGCCGUUGCGAUGAACGUCCCCGAGGGAGCGCAGAAGGCGACGCUCGCCGCCGGAUGUUUCUGGGGCAUCGAGCACAUGUACCGCAAGGACUUUGAGGGCAAGGGCUUGAUCGACGCCCGAGUGGGAUACAUUGGUGGCAACUCCGAGAACCCGUCAUAUCAGGCGGUAUGCAGUGGAAGGACAGGACACGCAGAAGCCUGUCAGAUCGUCUUCGACCCCACUAAAGUCUCCUACAGCACCCUGCUGGAGUACUUCUACAAGAUGCACGACCCGACGACCGCGAAUCGCCAGGGCCCGGAUACGGGUUCGCAGUACCGCAGCGGCAUCUUCUACCACGACGAAGAGCAGAAGAGUAUCGCCGAGGAGAUCACCCGCAAGGCUAACGAGCAGUGGUGGAAGAAGGGCAUCGUCACGGAGAUCUUGCCCGCUGGCAAGUGGUGGGAUGCUGAGCAAUACCACCAGCUAUACUUGCACAAUAACCCAGCUGGGUACGAGUGCCCGAGCCACUACCUUCGCAAGUUCGCGCCUCUGUCUUAG